AAUAGCGGAUGAUCUGACAUUUUUAAAGGAAUGUAAGGAGGCAAUAAAACGGACUAGCAACACUGCUCCUGAAACAGAAUAUCCAAAAAAGGCACUUAUAGAUGUGCUUCAGUACCUUGGAUCAUUAAAGCACGGGGUCUGGAAAAGAAUGGAAAGAGAUGUACACCACUCCUCUGUCAAUUUCGAUCCAAACACGGCACACCCUAACUUGAUCGUCAAAGAUGAACUCACCACCAUCAGCUAUGGGAAAAAACAGCAGCUUCCUGAUAACCCUGAACGCUGCACGAGCCGCAUGGCAGUACUCGCUGCUAACAGCUUCGAUUCAGGAAAGCAGCGCUGGCAUGUAGAGGUGGCAUACAGCAAAGAGUGGUACGUUGGGGUGGCACGAGAGUCAAUAAAGAGGAAGACUGCAGUUUUUCUCAACCCAAAAGAGGGUUUCUGGGUCAUUUCAAACAACGAGGAAUCCUACUGGGCUCAGAGCUCUCCCCGCACACGACUAACCCUGAAAAAACCCCUACAGAUAAUCACAGUUGAACUGGACUAUGAUAAAGGAAAGGUUUCCUUUUCUGACGCUGCAGAUGGUGGCAGUAUUUACACAUUUAAAGAUAAGUUUACUGAGAGAAUCUUUCCUUAUUUUGCCACUGGGAUAAAGGAGGGGAGCACACUUAGAAUCUGUGCAUUUUAAUGCAUGGGGCACAAAAACAGUACAUUAA